AUGUUCAAAAAAUUCAACUUCAAAGACGACGUAGCCUCACAGUCCCAAGUUAAGUCAUCAGUACAAAGAGCAAUACGUACAAAGUUACUGGAACAAUAUCCAAACUUGGAGUCAGUCAUUGAGGAGAUAUUACCGAAGAAGGCUCACGUAGUGCUAGUUAAAUGUCACGAGCACAUAAAUCUGUUGAUGCUAAACAACGAAAUUCUAUUCUUCCAACGCUUUGAUGGACCUUAUUAUCCCACUCUCCGACUUGUUCACAAGUAUCCUACACUCUUCCCGCGAGUUCAAGUCGAUAGAGGUGCAAUAAAAUUCAUCCUUUCAGGAGCCAACAUCAUGGCCCCUGGGUUAACUUCGGCAGGAGCAAAGAUGGAAGAGGAUUUACCAGUUGACAGCAUUGCCGCUGUAUAUGCAGAAGGGAAAGAACAUGCACUAUCCAUUGGGUUGUUGAAGAUGUCUACCGAGAAUAUAAGACAAAUCAACAAGGGCAUAGCAGUAGAUAACGUGCAUCAUCUUGGAGACGCGCUAUGGACAUGCGCUCAACUUACUAUUGGAUUUGCGUAUAUGAUGCAAGUAACGGUACAGCAAAGUGCCGCUUGGGGUGCAGCAGACGUAUAUACAAAGUGUUGUCAGUAUAGUUUCCAGAGUGAUCAAUUGCAUCAACCCCUGUUACCGUCUGGCCCGAAUGCUUGA